ACCAAACAAAGCAUAAAAACCGCGUUCAUAAUCAAAAUUUCCCCUCUUUUUUUAGCCGAAAAUUUCACUCUUCCCGCCCAUUUCUUCACCAAGCUUAAGCAAUAAGCAUAAGCUUCUUCCCCAUCUCUCUCUCUCUCUUUCUCUCUCCUCUGCUACCAUUUUCUUUAUACUUUAUCAGUUACGAUGCCGGAUUUAGGAGUUACUUUGUUCAAUUCAGAAACCCUAACCCUAACCCGUUGCCCUAAUUCUUUCAAAUCUUUCGCCGAUUCUUCUACUUCCUCCGAUUCGCUCUAUCCUUGCCCUAUUAAAACCCCAGCUUUCGACAAUGAUUGGCCUUGCGACUUCGAUUUGAGGCCCGAGCUUCCCAUCAAUGGUGAAUUCGCUGAAAUUUCUGGUCGAAGAAGUGGUUUGUUGAAAAUCAGGGUUACUCGGAUGAAUUCUAGUGCCAUUGAUGGGGAGAAGAAGGUUCUAGGAGCUAAGUGUUUGGAAGAUUAUGUAAGAGAUUGGAAAGCGAGGAAGAUCGCUUCCGGUCUCUCCGAAAAUCGUUGUUUUCUUCCGUUUCUUGUGGGUUCCCCUGGGCUGGCUGAGUGUCGUGUUUGUUCAAGUUACAUCUACCCUGGGGAUGAGGUCUCUUGCUCUGUCCGAGGCUGUAAAGGAAUCUAUCAUUUGAAGUGUGCAAAGGAUAGCUUCCAAUGUUCGUUCCCGAAAAAGUUCAAGUGCCCUCAACAUGCAUGCUUUAUAUGUAAGCAGAAAUUUUUUUGGCGCUGUGUGAGGUGUGAAGUGGCUUCACAUGAUAAAUGUGCAGCGUGGCCAGAAAAAGUGAUUCGUGUGAGUGAGCGACCGGGAUGGGCUGUUUGCUGGAGGCAUCCAAAAGAUUGGCGGCAGAAGCAUGGAGCAGUAGCGUACAACUUCGAGGACAUAUUCUCUCGCUUGCCUUUGCCAUACACUGAGGAGGAAUUCAAUAUAGAGUCAACACUGAAAGAUGGUCCAAAUGAAAAAAUGGAGCCACCUCCAUAUGUGCAUAUUAGGCGCAAUGUGUAUCUUGUCAAGAAAAAGCGGGACGAUGCUGGUAUGGAUAUCGGAUGCACAAGUUGCCGUACAACAUGCUCUGAGGAUUGUGUUUGCAGAGUUCAAAGCAUUAGCUGUUCAAAAGCUUGUCAUUGCUCAGAAGCUUGCACAAACAAACCAUUUCGUAAGGAGAAGAAGAUCAAAAUUGUCAAGACUGAACUUUGUGGAUGGGGAGUAGAAGCUGCCGAAUCUAUAAACAAGGGUGAUUUCAUCAUUGAAUAUGUUGGAGAAGUCAUUGACGAUUUGGUAUGUACACAAAGGCUUUGGGAUAUGAAAAACAAAGAGGUGAAAAACUUCUAUAUGUGUGAAAUUCGUAAGGACUUCACAAUCGACGCAACUUUCAAGGGGAAUGCAUCUCGUUUCUUGAAUCAUAGUUGUGAUCCAAACUGCAAAUUGGAGAAAUGGCAAGUAGAAGGGGAUAUACGUGUGGGUGUCUUUGCUGCUCGAGCGAUAAAAGCUGGAGAACCACUGACCUACGAUUACAGGUUUGUACAAUUUGGACCUGAGGUUAAGUGUAACUGUGGUGCGAUUAAUUGUCAAGGAUAUCUAGGUGCCAAAAGGAAGAUCAACUUAGAUACCCUCAAUUCUAGAAAAAGGAUGCAUGUAGCAAGCCUUUGCUGGGGUUCAAAGCAGAAGAGAUCAAUGAAAUUAUACUUGACUAGAGUGCAAAAGCAAUAGCGGUGAGACCAUUCUGAAUGAAUAAUGCUGUAGCUGAAUAAUGCUGUAUAUUAUGUACGUUCUUAGAAUCAGACACUCAUGAAUAGAAGGGAAGCGACACAAGGCACAAUAUACUUUUCCUUAUUGUGUUACAUUGGUUGAGAAAUACGAGCAAAACCUAUGGCGUUGGACUGCUGUGAAAAUUGUGUACUCUUCCUGUUCCUGUGCAAUUAUUUCUGUAAAGCCUUGUAUCAUUUAACGACUUCAUAUAGGCAUUUUAUUCGUCUUCGAUUGUAUUUUUCUGAACUCUGUAGCUUAUUUUGAUAACAGUGAAUUCUGAUUCUUUGUGAUUAAUUGUAGCUUUUACAAAUUGGCUGUUA